AUGCAGCCCAGCAACGGCCACGGCCACGGCCCUGGCCAGCCCUCCUCAGGAGGCCCGAUGCGUCCGGGCCCGGCUCCGCCGGGCAGCGCCGGCGUCGGCGUUUGGCAGGUGCCGGCUCUGGUGUUCUGUGGCCCCGUGGGGCCUCAGAUGGCACCCGUGAGCCCAGAAGGCUUCGUGGUUUGUGAGAAUUGGGGACCUCAGGGGUUCACUCAAUUCACACCGGCGCCUUUUCCGCAGCCCCAAUCCUUUGAUCACGGCAUGGCGCAGUCCAGUGCAGCCACAGGUGUCAUGCCAAUGGCAUGCAUGCAGCGGCCCAGCUUUGACGGGUACCAGGAGCAACACUUUGACGUCCAGUCGUCUUCAGGAUGGCCUGCUGCAAAAGAUUGGCAGGGUCAGCCUAUGCCGACACCCAACUUUCAGCCGAUGGGCUUCGUGGGAGUGGGACCAUGUCCCGGCCCAAUGCCGAUGCCUAUGGAGAUGGUUCAAGUACCCGUGCCGCAGAUGCCUCAAGAACCACCGAGUCAAAGCAUGCCACCGCCACCGGAUAUGGGGUUGAGGCCGUUUCGGCCCGCCAACCAGCAGCUUCCGUGGCGAAGAAACUUCCGAUCAAGCGCUUCGAGCUCCCAACCUACUGCGUCUACCGGGCCAAGUGGCCCACAAAAUUCUUGGAAUGGAGGAUCUCCAGAUGAAGAGGGCCUGUCAUUUGGACCGGGCCGCGGGGAAGAGCCGUGCUACAGCGACGAGGGCCCUUGUGACUGCCGAUACUGUGAGCCUGGCGAACACAGAUCCAGGCAGUCGAGGCACUGGCGCUCCGGCCUCCGGUCAAGCGACUUGUGGGAGGCACCGCUGCCCUGUGGGCUCCUUCCAUCGGAUGUCUCGGAGCUCCUGUUCCGCGACAUCGUGCCAGAGGACUACGAGAUGCUGCUGCAGUUAGAUGAUGCCGUGGAGAAGAGGGUGGCAAGCACAGAAGGUGUGGAUGCCUUGCCCAGUGCAUCAGAGGAUGACUUCGCUGGUCAGAACUGCACGGUAUGCUUGGCAGCGCUGGAACGUGAUGAGGACAUUGCCAAGCUCCCAUGCACUCACGUUUUCCACCGAAGGUGCGUUGCUAAAUGGCUUACCGAGCAGAAGCGGGCUUGCCCACUCUGCAACGAAGAGAUUUGA